AUGGCCGCCCCAAUUCGAAUCUACGACAGUCGGAAAGAUCAGAAAUUGCCAGAAACUGCAGUACAAAAUCCUCUUCCUCAUCUGCUUCAACUACCUUCUGGCCUCGCAAUACUAGAGCUUCAAGGGACGAUCAAUCUUCCAGACCAGAUUCAAUAUGACGAAGCCGUUCCAAUCACAGGUCAAACAACCAUUGGGCGUCUUGUGUUUCCUGAUUAUGAUCCUCAAGACAAAAACAGUACAGCGUGGAUGAAGCCCGUCUAUAUGUAUGUUGGGAAUUAUCAACGACUAACUGGCGAGGUCAAGAAAUUACCAAAGGCUAUUGCUGUGAUCAGGAAGAAAGCGAGAGUUCCGGAUGAAGGAUCUAUGGACGUGGACCAUCACGACGGAGAGCCGAUUGAGGAUCUGGAGAUUGUGGAGAUUGUGAAACACAAGAUCAUCUUCUCAUCAAGACCAGAGCCAGUUGGCGUCUGUGAAGCUGGAACAUAA